CUUUCAAGUUGCAACAAAGUCCGCGUGUCACUACUUUGGCAAAAAAACAAAAAACAUUCCAGUGUUUGUUAUUCGACAAGUGCAUUUUCUGUGCCCAGCACAAUAGAAGCAACGCAUUUGGUAACCUUGUUUGCUGCAAGUGUCUUUUUUAAUUUCCUACCCUCGGAGUUGUUUCUUUAUUUUGUUUUCAGAAGCUUGUAUUUCCGGGUGAAAUCAGAGUCGAAUAAUAUCCUGCACAGCGAGGGAGUGGAGAUCAGGGAUUCUGCCGGCUGCGCCGCUUGUAUCAUCAUUCUGGCAGCCGAGACGACCAGGUCACAUAGGACGACUGAAAAACAAAAGACAAACAACCAUUCACACCUGCGUGGAAUGGUGGGCUAUACUGCAUCGACGCCUCUUGCAAGCCGGAUUUAAAAUUGUGUUCGUGGCGUUUUAAAAGUUUCUGGCAAGCUGGUCGCUGGACAUCAUUGUGAAUUUGGAUUUCGUUGUAUUUCCUGAUUCGACCUGAAUAGUUUAUAUUUAGCCUAGAGCAACAGUGGGAAAUAGACACAUUUGGGAUGCAGAUCUGCUGUCCUUGAUGGUAUGACUAUGGGGAAGAGUUACAGGAAAUAAACCUCAAGGUGAGAGCAGGUUCCUAUGAUUGUCCUGGAGUCCCUUACCCACAAUGCCUCCUGCCAUGACGGACAUUCUGGACAUCUGGGCCGUGGAUUCCCAUCUCGUAAACGAUGCCUGCAUCACUGUGGACUUCCUGCUUCCCACCGGCAUCUUCAUCCAGAUGGACAUCCCCCGAGAAGCUACCCUCCAGCACAUCAAACUGUUGCUAUGGAAGCAGGCUCAGAGCUACCCCCUGUUCACCUUCCUGGGGCAGAUGGAGGCCUACAUGUUCGAGUGUGUGAAUCAGACUGCCGUGCACGAGGAGCUCGAGGACGAGUCUCGAAGGCUCUGUGAUGUCAGACCCUUCCUCCCGACCCUCAGACUCGUCACCAGGAACUGUGGCAGAGCUGAGAAACUGCUCGACUCCAAAAUAGGGGUGCUUAUAAGCAAAGGUCUCCACGAGCUGGAUGCCCUCCAGGACCCCGAGGUGAAGGAGUUCCGUGCCAAGAUGCUCCGGGUCAGCGAGGAGAAGAUGCAGAAGCUGCAGCUGCUCACGUGGAUGGAGUGGCUGCAGUGCAGCUUCUGCCCCCUGCUGGAGCCCAACGUGCCAGACAACAUCCUGGACAAGCUGCACGGGGGCCAGAUCGUGAUCGCAAUUCGGUUUGACAACUCACAGAUCGUGAGCCUCAAAGUCUCCCCUCACACUAGGCCCAGCACCUUGACGGAGCAGGCUGUCAGGAAGUGGCUGAUGACACAUGGCAAGGAGGAAGAGGAGGGGAACAGCAACAACUUUGUGCUCAGAGUCAGUGGAAGGCUGGAGUACCUAUUUGGAGAUCACCCCCUCAUCCAGUUCAAGUAUAUAAGGAACUGUGUGACAAAUAACGAGUCCCCCCACCUGACUCUGAUUGACUCCUGCACUGUAAAGGAGAUGUUUGAAAAAGAACUCUCCACCAUCAGGGCCAUAGUGAAUAGGAAAUCUUCAAACCCACCCCUUCCUCUGCCUCCUAAAAGGAGAGCCACAUCACAAAUAUCAACCAGUGUUUGGGACGUAAUGGUGCCAUUUACGAUUGUGCUGGUCAAAGGUAGCAAGGUCAACGCAGAAGAGACGGUUAAAGUCCAGGUCCGGGCAGGCCUUUUCCAUGGAACAGAACUUCUUUGUAAACCUGCGGUGAGCACAGAAACCUUCGGAAAGAAUGAGCAUGUUUGGGACAAAACACUGGAAUUCGAAAUUAACGUCUGUGACCUGCCAAGAAUGACGCGGCUGUGCUUUGCAGUUUAUGCAGUGAUGGAUAAAGUAAAGAAACAGAAGUCCACCAAGAACAUACAUGCCAAGUAUCAGACGAUAAGAAGAGCUGGGAAAGUACAUUACCCAAUCGCCUGGGUCAAUACAAUGGUUUUUGACUACAGGGGGCAGAUGAAGACCGGUGAGAUUGUUUUGCACAGCUGGUCGUCGUUUCCUGAUGAACUUGAAGAAAUGCUGAAUCCUAUAGGAACAGUGCAAACCAACCCAUACACUGAAAAUGCUACAGCUUUGCACAUCAUAUUUCCACCAUAUUCCAGGUCUACAGUCUUCUACCCCCCUUUCGACAAAAUAUUGGAAAAGGCAGCUCAGAUUGCAAGAAACAGUGAUUGCGGGACGAUGGCUGGCCGUGGAGGCAAGAAGUUUCAUAUUGAACUGAAAGAGAUAAUGGAGCGUGAUCCUUUGUCUCAGCUGUGUGAGAACGAGAAAGAUUUGAUCUGGACACUACGCUAUGACUGCCGUGAGAACUUCCCCCAGUCCCUGCCCAAACUUCUGCUCUCUGUCAAGUGGAACAAGCAUGAAGACAUGGCUCAGCUUCAAGCUCUGCUACAGAUCUGGCCAAAGCUGAGUCCGAGGGAUGCGCUGGAGUUGCUGGAUUUCAACUACCCAGACCAGUACGUGCGGGAGUAUGCAGUGCAGUGCCUUAGAGACAUGAGCGACGAGGAGCUGUCCCAGUACCUCCUGCAGCUUGUUCAAGUUCUCCGUUACGAGCCUUACUAUGACUGCGCCCUUUCCAGGUUUCUACUGGAGAGAGCACAGGCCAAUAGGAGGAUAGGGCACUUUCUAUUCUGGCAUUUAAGGUCUGAAAUCCAUAUGCCUGCAGUCUCUGUACAGUUUGCAUUGAUACUGGAGGCAUAUUGCCGAGGCAGUAUACCUCACAUCGAGGUUCUGAAGAGACAGGUGGAGGCGCUGACGAAGCUCAAAGCCGUAAACGAGCUCAUCAAGCUGGGCACCAUCAAAAGCACGAAGAGCAAAGCGAAGGAAGCCAUGAUGACCUGCCUGAAACAGAGUGUGUACACAGAGACUCUCUCCAAUCUCCAGUCGCCUCUCAAUCCCAGCGUCAUCCUCUCUGGACUCAAUGUAGAGAAAUGCAGGUUCAUGGACUCGAAAAUGAAACCUCUGUGGAUAGUGUAUGAAAACAAGCUUCUAGGAGGGGAGUCGCAGGGCAUAAUCAUCAAGAACGGGGAUGACCUUCGACAGGACAUGCUUACUCUGCAGAUACUCCGGCUGAUGGACAUGCUCUGGAAGGAGGCUAAUCUUGACCUCCGAAUUGUGCCUUAUGGCUGCCUAGCAACUGGAGACAAAUCUGGCUUGAUAGAGGUGGUGUCAGCAUCUGAAACCAUCGCCAACAUUCAGCUGACAAACAGCAAUGUGGCUGCUACCGCGGCCUUCAACAAGGAUGCUCUUCUGAACUGGCUCAAAGAGAAGAAUUCUGGAGAUGCCUUGGACCGAGCCAUUGAAGAGUUUACAUUGUCUUGUGCUGGCUACUGUGUAGCUACUUAUGUGCUUGGCAUCGGCGACAGACACAGUGACAACAUCAUGGUCAGAAGUACUGGACAGCUUUUCCACAUAGACUUCGGACAUAUCCUUGGUAACUUCAAAUCCAAGUUUGGAAUCAAAAGGGAGCGUGUGCCUUUUAUCCUCACCUAUGACUUCAUCCACGUCAUUCAGCAAGGGAAGACUGGGAACACUGAGAAGUUUGGCAGGUUUCGUCAGUACUGUGAAGAGGCCUACUUGAUCCUGCGGAAGAAUGGAAACCUGUUCAUCACCCUGUUUGCACUGAUGCUGACCGCAGGCCUCCCUGAACUCACCUCGGUCAAAGACAUUCAGUACCUUAAGGAUUCUCUUGCCCUGGGGAAAACUGAUGAGGAUGCAUUGAAACAGUUCAGGCAGAAGUUUGAUGAAGCACUCCGUGAGAGCUGGACCACGAAAGUGAACUGGAUGGCACAUAAUGUGGCAAAAGACAACAGGUCCUAGCGAUCACUAAACUACAAUGAGAUCACCAGGGGAUGUUGCCCUUCAAAUAAGGGAUCAGCUGCCAUCUGGACCAAAAUAAUGUAACCGUGACAGAGACUGGAUGUGAAUAACCCCAAUUGUUGCACUCUGAGCUUCAUUCUGCUUGUUCAAAGCUUGACCAAGAUGUUUUGGGUUUUUUUUUUUUUUUUUUUGUUUUUCUAUAUAUCUGUAUAUAGUGAGUAAUCAUUCAUUGCUGAAUUUGCACGCCAAGCACUACUGGUUUCUUCGUUUUCCUUUAUUUUUAAUGACCUGGUAUGUGAGGAACGGAUGUAAAGAAAUAUUUCUAUGUGACAAAUUAUACUGUAACGAUGUCUUUCGGUCUUGAGGCUUUAUUUUAAUUGAAACAUGACAUGGACUUACAAUGGACGUUAAACAUUGUAAUAAAUCUGAAGCCAACAAAAAAAAAGGAUGGAUAAGUUUCUUCUAAUCACAAACUCUUCUUUCAACACUAAGUAACUUUGAUUGUCUUACUGUUGCUAAUCAAAUAGUUUCAGUGCACUUAUAUGACAUCUUUCAUAGCGACAUACCCAGUAAAGAAACAACAGACAAUUUUAUGGUGUUGUCCCUGGUUUUGUCACUUUAGUUUCUGAAAAGGUAAGAUGGGUGAUCCACCAAUUUUAUUAUUAUUUUUUGUAUUAUGAUCUUGGAUAAGAACUCAAUCUUUAAACAGUGGUCUGUUUCUUCAGUUCUCAGAUUGGUUGUCAGCAUGAAGUCUAAGUAGAAAUGAUCUCGGAGAUCUAGGAACCGGGACCAAAGUGCAACAAACUACGUACUUCCCUGUUUAUUGCUUAUUGUAAUAUAUGCAAAAGCAAUAUUUAUGACAUUUACUUUUUUAUACAUGUGUAUUUGAUCUACUGUAGUGUAAAAAGCAAUGGAGAUACAGAGAUUGUUAAUCUUCUUGUAAUAAUUUAUUUCUAAAGGUACGUAUUGAGGUGCUCCUUGACCAUUGGCUGUUGAUUUUGUGCAAUACAAGAAGCUGGUUCCAAGAAAAA